AUGCGCAAGGCUGACUGCAAGUCUCAACUGACAGCAGCUGAAAUGUCCUCCCCGCAUCAAACUUGGCUUCUUCAGCUUCUUCAAAUGGACCCUCUGUCUAUCAUCAGCGGCUGCGCUGGCCUCAUCACGGCGAUCGGCAGCUUGAGUGUAUCCAUCAAUACUUUUGUACGCAGCUGUCGCGAGGCCCGCAGCGAUUUAGACAGGGUAUCACGCGAGCUCCAUUCGCUCCAAACAGUUCUUGAACUCAUUGAAGAAGACGCCAAAGAUGUCACGAAGCCCUUCCCACCGACAAUCCAACACCAUGUAUCGGGAAUCGUCACAAACUGCGGCUCCGUGGUUCUCGAGGUCGAAACAUGUAUAAAGAAGUAUGGAGAUGGACGGAUUAAGAGCCGAGCUGCUUGGGCGAUUAAUGGUCAAGGCGACAUGGAGAAGCUAAGGUCCAGCUUGGAAGCUCACAAAUCGGCCCUGGAACUGGCCCUUGACAUGCUGUCUCUAUCACUCACGAAAGAUAUCAAAACGGAUACUACGGAACUUCGCGAAGAUACAGCUGCUAUCAAAGAUGACACUGCUUUGAUCCUACUGCAGAUUGAACAGCUUCAAGCUCGGUUGCCCGAUACCGCUGCUGCCCCGAAUGAUUACAUUCUCCAGAAGUUCCUCGAGGAUAUGGCGACAUAUACUGAGACGACUCUUGAUGUGGAUCAAUCCUAUAGCGAUGAAACUAGCUCUAUAGCCUUGUCUAUCUUAGAUGAGGAGGACUAUGAAAGGUCUAACGAAUCUCUACAGCAAGAUUCAACAAUCAUAUCACCCCGACACCCAGGAGCAAUGGAAGCCAACCAGUUGUCGGAGCGAGUAGACGCCUGCAGUAACCCUGCCAGACAAUUUGCAUCUCCAACAUCUCACGAUCAUGGUCAUGUUCAAAAUACGAUAACCACAAUGGAUGACAUUCCCCAUCGCCCAAAGAGACCCGAUUCCCUAUCUUCUUAUUCUCAGUACUCCUUCGACAAAGAAGUUGCAUUCAAUUCCCUCUACAAAGCAAUCGAACUCGGCAGUGGCCCUCAAGCGCAAGGUUCGAGCGCCCUAGAAUUGGAUUGUAGGAAUGAAGAAACACAAAAUCAAGUCGCACCUUCGCUCUUGCGAGUCCAAAAGAAACCUGUGGCUUCUGAAUUUGCGCUGCUAGACGCCUUUGACCCCCGAUGGCGAGAGCUCUAUGGCGACUAUCUCCAUAACAAGGAAGCACUCUCGAAUGACACGAUCAGAGAAAACCAGGAGUUCGUUAUUGGUAUUCUGAAACAAGUCCAGAUGGAGUUGCCAAAUGAUUCACACCAUGAUUAUCCGCUGGCACCAAACAACUUUAUCCGGGCGGAGAGUGACCAAGGUCACUCGCUGCCACAAGGCUCCCAGCAAACGAAUCCUCUCAUCUGGACUCCUCCUCCAUUGCCUCAAAAAGCGAUGCCGUAUCAUGUAAAGAUGUUGGCACAUAUUCCACAAGACGAAGAUGAUACUGUUACAUCACGGUCCAGGACAAAAGAUAUGCCCAGUCAAGAAGGAUCCCAUAUCGAAAGGUUUAGAGGCAAUGUGGUCGUUGAUAUACCAGUACCCGACAGUAUCCUUGCCCGUAUUCCUCAGUCUUCUACCCUAGAACGCAACGAAUUCACACAUUCAAGGUUCAGCUUCGUUACUUGCCCACCAGAAGAGUUUGGAGAUCAGAAUUAUACAUUGAGGGCCACACUAUUUGCUCAGCCGCGACAAACGCAAUUCAUUUUAGUCGUGCAAAUAGACCCUUACGAUAAGGAUUUUAUCCGGCGCUGGGAUCUAAUUCACGAUUCCAUCGUAUUUGCCCAGAAGAACUUUAAGAAGCUUGAGGCUGAUAGAGGCGCGCAUGAUUUCUGGAAGCGAGUUGUUGUCCAUUUACACCUACCCCAUGGAAGGGAAUGGGGACGCCGUAGCCUCGAUCAUCCAUUGGUUGUGUUAGAGGCAAUUGCAGGGAAUCUGACAGUCAGCGGCAAACUCACACAAAUAGGCUCUGAGCAUCAUGAGUCUAUAGACAAGGACUCGUCAGAAAUUGGAGGGCACCCGGUUUACGCCACCAUGGCAGAGGUAUAA